CUUCAGGCUCCUCCCACCCUUUCCACAGACCCGUACUCACCAGCUCCGUGGGACCCAGAGUGAGCUGGCCACUCAAGAAGCCAUUGUCUCCCACACUCCCACAGUACUCAGCAAGCCCGGUCCUCCCCCUUUGCCAAUACAUGUCACGUCCUGCUUUCCCGUGCCCCAUAGGUGGCUACGAAGCUUGCAUGGGGCUCCGAGGAGUUGGACGUCCAGAGGAUUUUGCUGUUUUGCUUGAGACCUGGUUAUGGUUGUGGGAUUUUUUUUUUUUUUUUCUGUCAGCUGCCUGUUAUAUCAAUCACGGAGUCGGGAUCUAUUUAUAGGUUGGGAGUACUGUGUCCUUAGUCACAAAGAGACACAGACAGGGGACUGUCAGCUGGUGUUGGAGGAGCCAAGCAAGGAGUCAUCAGCGUCUGGAACACCUGAGGGUAACCGGUCCUCACUCCUGGCAGCCCCGUCCUCUAGCCAGCCCCACCAUGCUGCUGAACCGAAUGUCCUCCGAAGAUCGGCACCUGGGCUCCAGCUGCGGCUCCUUCAUUAAGACGGAGCCAUCCAGCCCAUCCUCGGGCAUUGAUGCCCUCAGCCACCACAGCCCCAGCGGCUCCUCGGACGCCAGCGGCGGCUUUGGCAUGGCCCUGGGCACCCACGCCAACGGUCUGGACUCGCCGCCCAUGUUCGCAGGCGCGGGGCUGGGAGGCACCCCGUGCCGCAAGAGCUACGAGGACUGUGCCAGUGGUAUCGUGGACGACAUCAAGUGCGAGUACGUGCUCAACGCCAUCCCCAAGCGUCUGUGCCUCGUGUGCGGGGACAUUGCCUCUGGCUACCACUAUGGCGUGGCCUCCUGCGAGGCCUGCAAGGCAUUCUUCAAGAGAACCAUCCAAGGUAACAUCGAAUACAGCUGUCCGGCCACCAACGAGUGUGAGAUCACCAAACGGAGACGGAAGUCCUGUCAGGCCUGCCGCUUCAUGAAAUGCCUCAAAGUGGGGAUGCUGAAGGAAGGUGUGCGUCUUGACCGAGUGCGUGGAGGGCGCCAGAAGUACAAGCGACGGCUGGACUCGGAGAGCGGCCCCUACCUGAGCUUACAGAUUUCCCCACCUGCUAAAAAGCCAAUGACUAAGAUCGUCUCCUAUCUACUGGUGGCUGAACCGGACAAGCUGUACGCUAUGCCUCCCCCUGGUAUGCCUGAGGGAGAUAUCAAGGCCCUGACCACCCUCUGUGACCUGGCAGAUCGGGAGCUUGUAGUCAUCAUCGGCUGGGCCAAACACAUCCCAGGCUUCUCGAAUCUGUCACUCGGGGACCAGAUGAGCCUGCUGCAGAGUGCCUGGAUGGAGAUCCUCAUCCUGGGCAUCGUGUACCGCUCGCUGCCCUAUGAUGAUAAGCUGGUGUACGCGGAGGACUACAUCAUGGACGAGGAGCACUCUCGCCUGGCGGGGCUGCUGGAGCUCUACCGAGCCAUCCUGCAGCUGGUACGCAGGUACAAGAAGCUCAAGGUCGAGAAGGAGGAGUUUGUGACGCUCAAGGCCCUGGCUCUCGCCAACUCAGAUUCCAUGUACAUUGAAGACCUAGAGGCCGUGCAGAAGCUGCAGGACCUGCUGCAUGAGGCACUGCAGGACUACGAGCUGAGCCAGCGCCAUGAGGAGCCCCGGAGGACGGGCAAGCUGCUGCUGACGCUGCCCCUGCUGCGGCAGACGGCGGCCAAAGCCGUGCAGCACUUCUACAGUGUGAAACUGCAGGGCAAGGUGCCCAUGCACAAACUCUUCCUGGAGAUGCUGGAGGCCAAGGUGUGAUGGCCCAGCAGCACACGGAUGGAUGGACACGAUCCAUGGUGGAGACCUCCACAGCCACCAGCCUCGACUUUCCACACCUGCAUCGGGGCUCUGAGCUGUCCCAGAGGAAGGAGGUUUCCUGCUUCCUGGCCAUGUGCAGACUCCUGGGGGACAGCCGAUGGGGAGACGGGGAUGGGGGGGGGGGGGCGGGGGCUCAUCUGUCACCCGCAUUUUCUUUGGUAUUUUUUCCUUCUCCAUGGGCAGUGCUAAGGCUUGGGCCGGGGCUGACUCCCCUUAGGGCUGGAGACCACCAGAGGAAGCACCCCUCCCCACAACCCAAGAGGCAGCGCAUCCAUUUCCAGACCCCUCCCCAUUCAGGACCUGGAUGUAACCUGGAUGAGCAGAGCUUAGUGUCCAGGACCCAAAAGACUUCCAGUGGGUUCUUCUGGAGGUGUUAGUGUCAGAGAGGGCAAGGCCCUUGGGGCAGGAGUGUCUCCAAAGGCCCUGCAGACCUUCUGCAGAGGUCUGUGGCUGCUCCUGAGGCUCUGUACCCCCUCAAUCCAGCUAGCUCCCUCCCCUUCCAUCUUUCUCCUUGUCCUGCUACACCUAGGGUCCAGUUGGUGCUCCUGCCAGCCCCAAGUGGCCACAUCCCACCUGCUCCCCCCAGAAGCCCUCCCCUGCUUCCUGCCCCUACCUCAGCCAGCCUAGGUAACUCCGGGGCAUGUACCCCGGGAACUCACUGGCUCAGUAAAGAGCUGGGUCCUAUAUCCACCUCUCCUAUUGCCUCUUCCUCCUCCUCCUCCUCCUCUUCCUCUUGGGCGUGACCAGUCUAGAGACCUGUGGAAUGUUCAGAACCUGGCCCCAUCAGAGGGCACUCGGGGGCCCUCAUUCAAGGUUAGCAUCCUUGGUUGGGGUGUAGGAUAGAGAGGCCCAGUAGUAGAGGGAAGAAGAUGGAAUGACAUCUUGGAAAGGAAAGAGCUCAAAAGGUCCCCCCACCCCACCCGCUCCUCCUGUAUCCUCAGAAAGGCAAGGCUUUGUACCACAGGAGGGUAGCCUGUUGACAUUUACACCUGGGGUCAUUGGGUGUGGCCCUCCUGGGUCAAUGCCUGGCAAGACCCUCUCCCUGAGAGGCUCUGUCUUAAUAAACCCCUCAGCCCUGGUACAUAGACAACGUUUUCCUCUGAUUCACCCACUCAAGGGCCAGUCCUGGGCUCUCACUGGUGUUUAGGGGUUGGCAGAGGUGAAGACGUUCAUUCUGGGGAAUGCCCCAGGCCACACCUAUUCGGACCCCUUCCUGCAAUGCAGGAUUCCCCUUUUCAGGCUUCCUGUCACCUCCGACUGCUACCGGCUCUGCCUCCCUGGUGACAUCACUAGGAGCUGCAGGGACUCCAGGUUAGAGGCCGGCCACUUCCCAUGGUUAAUGCUAAACUUUUUAAGGAGAGCCUCCCUCUCCCUGUCCCUUUGCCUACAAGGAAUUGCAUCUCACAGCCACUGGAUGAGCGGAUGUUCAGGCAUCCAUGCCUCAGCCUGAGCUCUCGUAGUCCCUGAUCCGAGGUAGAUUAACACUUUUGUACUGAACUGGAUUAACCCUUAGGAGCUGGGCUUGGAGAUCCCAGCCUCUCCCAGCCACGCUGCUGUGUCCCAGAGUUGUGGGAAGAGGGUGUUCCCCCAAAAGUGAUCCCACCUAGUCCUCAGCACUUCAGCUGCGCCUCCUUCCCAUACCAGCAAGGUUAUCAAUGCCUGCAGCUGGCUGAGCGGACACCGCUUUGGAGCAGUUGAGUGGGCAGCUUUGUGUCCACGGUCUACUGAUGCAACUACCCCCCAAAUGGAACCCUGCUGGCCCUCUGUCCCUAGAUAGAAGCUGUAUUUACAAGCCAAGAGAAUAUACCAGUGACAGUGCAGUGCCCUAUGGGAAAGCAGGGUCGCCUGGGCACCUGGAAGAAGCUGUAUUUACAAGCCAAGAGAAUAUACCAGUGACAGUGCAGUGCCCUAUGGGAAAGCAGGGUCGCCUGGGCACCUGGAGUCAGAGGGGAGAGCCAGCCCAUUCCAAGAUUAACCAGAUGGGUGACAUCUGUUUGGCCAGGGUGCUCAGGGCAGGGAAAGGGGAGACGUCUCUCCAUCACCCAGCUCCCUUAUUCAGAGCAAAACCGCAGGCUAUCAUUUCUGGAAUGCUCGGAGAGAUCAGCCGUUCACAGUGGUAUCCUCAGAUACAAGUUAUUUCAAACCAAGAAAUCAAACCACCAAUCUUGGGAGGAGGUACUGGCUGGGGUCUAUUUCAUUCCUCUGUCCCCCUACCCUUUCUGAAGGUUCUGGAUGGUUUUGUUAUGCCUCCCGGUUUUUUUUCACACACUGAUGACUUUCCAGGGCCCUAACUAAGGAUUAAGAGGCUCUCGUGUGGGGGUCAGCAGGGUCAGAGCCUAUGCUAUCUGCCUGGUCCUUCCUCCAGACUCCACUCCCCAUGGGAGCCAGGUGGCCGGCGAGGAUGACAGACUUGUGAUGAGGAGACCGGAGGGGCCCAGAGUCCAAGCCCGUGGAACAGCACCAAAGAGAAGCGCUAUGUGGAGAGAUUGCUUUAUUUUCUGAUAAUGAUAUCGUGGCUGGAAUGGCUUAAGAUGUAUAUAUUUUUUAACCGGCAGCCCUUUCUGCCGCCUCACCCUUCCUGUAUGUAAUUCUUGUAUGUGUUCCCCCACAGCCCCACCCCCACCCCAUGUAAAAAUCACAUGCCCUGGGGUUCUCCCAUCCAGUCCCAUGUAUCUGGAAUCUAAUAAAUAGGGAAAGCUGUGUUGAGUUUUU